AUGAAAGAAGACCUCACCACCACCCUCGCCCUCGUCGGCGUCUUCGGCGGUCUCUCCAUCAUCCUCAUGAUCCUCCGCCUCUUCAUGCGGAAGUACCGCAACCAGAACUUUAUCCUCAGCGACUACCUGACAAUGGUCUGCAUUUUGUUCGUGCUGACUCGGUCUGCGCUCACGACUGUUGUGCUGCUGUGGGGUAACAAUAAUAUGAAAAGGCCUGCGUUGGGCCUGACAGAUGUGGAGAUUUAUCAUAGAACAAUUGGGAGCAAGAUGACGCUCGCGAACCGGGCGGUUUAUAACACUUACCUCUGGAUCCAGAAAUCAAACGUCCUCCUGCUGUGCGAACGCGUGCUUACCGGUCUCCCGGAACCCGAGAUGAUUGUCAAGGUUUAUUGGUUUGUCCUUCUAGGGAGCCUGACGGCUGUCAUGGGGACGACGUUUGGCGAGUGUCGGCCUGCGCAUCUGUAUUGGCAGGUUGUGCCCGAUCCUGGAGAUUGCGUCAAAGCGAACACCCAGCUCGUCACCCUUGUCGCCCUUAACAUUACUACCGACGCAAUGCUCAUCCUUCUCCCAAUGCCUUGGCUGCUGAGAGUUAGGAAAUCAUGGUUGAAGUACUUACCCUAUACAUUCAGGCAAAAGGUCAGUGCUAACGAUCACAGACGCCUCCAGUACGUUCUGCUAUUCUCCGUCGGUCUGCUAUUAAUUGCCAUUGCAAUCGUUCGCCUCCCAACCUACUCCUUCAGCACGGCGCAAGUGAACCGCAACACGUGGGGCUCGGUCGAAGAGUUCUUCGCUGCGUUCGCGGCAAAUGUCCCAACGCUGUUUACGUUACGGAAGGAUCCGAACAAGCAUAAGCAUGAGGAGGAAUUGAGCCACUCUGGACCAUCGGCGAGAGCGAGGCCGCGGUUCACGCCAAACCAAUUCCAGGAUUCGGAUCUGUUUACGACAAAUGUGGCACUUGACGACGUUGACGGAACAGUGACCGGAACGAAGAGGGGCCGGUCCAUCGAGCGCUCAAGGGGGCGUUCACUUGGUGGAGGAGCUCGGGUUGCGCCGAGUCAAGAGAAUCUGAUUCGUGCUGCGUCAUUCCAUGCUCCUUCCUCUCAUGCUGGUGACGUUGACGAUGACUUUGGUGAUGCUGAUUCAGAUGAAGGACAGAGAGGGAGGCGAAGGGGAAGGACAAGCUGA